AUAGCAUAUAGCAUGUGCGAUAUAACUAUAAUCAACGUACUGACCACUUCUCUAGGCAGUACCUACUAAACUUCGUCAAGCACAUUUUCUCUCUCCCCAUUUUCUCCGGCCAGUUAUGCGUCUUCAAUGACGACUCCCUCAAUCAGAAUCCCUUUCACUGGCCCUUUGCCUCCACCAGUAAUUGUACCGCCAUCGGCUCGGUUUGUUUCAGGAGCGAUUGAUGCCCUGUUGUCCUUCUUAACCGCCCCUCCAUCCCCCUACCUUCGUGGUGUUGAUGUUGGAAGAUAUUCUCAAACCGUUCUCUUGACUGGUGCGGGGAUCUCGGUGGCGUCUGGCCUGUCUGAUUAUCGAGGGGAGAAUGGUACCUACGUCACAAAUAAAACAUAUCGACCAGUCUAUUUUCAUGAGUUCUUGACUCGGCAUGAGUUUCGCAAGAGAUACUGGGCUAGGAGUUUUGUCGGCUGGCCUGGUCUCCUGAAAGCUAAGCCGAACUCGACGCAUUGGGCUAUCAAGGAUCUCGGCGCGAAGGGGUACAUCAGCUCCGUAGUGACACAGAAUGUCGACUCUUUCCACCCAGUAGCCCACCCAAGGCUACCAACCAUCGAACUUCAUGGCUACCUGAGGUCUGUCAUCUGCACCAGCUGUCACAAUCAAUUUCCUCGAGACGAAUUUCAAAAGUCUCUCGAAAGACUCAAUCCUGCCUGGGCAGAAUUUCUAGCAAAGAUGGUCGACACGGGGGCUCUUAACACUGAUAAUCCUGAGGAACAGCGGCGGAGAGGUCUCAAGCUUAACCCGGAUGGCGACGUGGAUUUAGCUGAGGCGCCUUAUUCUGCAUUUAGGUAUCCGCCUUGUCCUACAUGCCUAGAGAGACCUCCCCGCCUCCGAGAUGGCACAUCCGGCAGAGUAGAGGUAGAAAUGGAUGGGGCGUGGUCACCAUCUUCUACUGCCGGAGUUCUCAAACCGGCAGUCAUUAUGUUUGGAGAAAACAUUCGUCCAGCGGUAAAAACGGUGGCAGAAGAGGCGAUUGACGAUGCUGGAAGGCUACUAAUCCUUGGGAGCAGCCUGGCCACUUUCUCAGCUUGGAGGUUGGUAGAACGAGCUCACAAAAGGGGCAUGCCGAUAGGCAUAAUCAAUAUUGGAGGUGUUAGAAACGAGUCAAUCCUUUUUGGGAGGAUUGAACAGGACAGCCCUCAUAUUCGCUGCAGUCUCAACUCUGACUUGAUUUUACCCCCUGUUGCCGCACAACUUCCUUCUCUUACACACACAUAGAGGUUCUGUUCAACUGUAUACCGGGUAUUUUAUUCUUUUAUUUAUAUAUAGAUUUGGCAAUUGUAUAAAAC